ACAGUUUGUUGCUCAAGCUGUUACCGAACGGACGUCUCUCAUCCAGAAUUGUUUGUUCCCAACAGAGAUAUUCGGACAUUGAUUCGGAUUCGGCCAUAAGUUCCUCUUUAACCAAAAAAUAUAUAUAUAAAAAAAAUUUACCAAAAAAUAAAGAAAUAACAGAAACAUUGGUGGGGAGGUGCUCCCGUUAAACGAAAAGAAGAAAUCACAUAAUCCAUGGAAAUGUGUCGCGGUCAUAUACAACAACCCAAAUUAAAAUGAAGCUUCUAAUGCACAUGCCAUGACCGUGUAUGUGAAAUGAUCAACCGAAGGGCAAUUUAUCAGCAUCCCCGAAGUGUACUGCGAAAAGUGUAAAAAUAAACAAACAACCAGCAACUAACAAGCAAACAACAGCAAUAACAAUUUGUCAAGUACACACGUACACAUCCUACACCUAUCUGGCUAACAAACACAUAUGCACUCAUCCCAAACACAAAACAGGUGGAAAAAAAAUCAAAUAAGCCAGGAGUGGGAGAAAGCGCGAGAGUUUUUAAACGCCUGAGAGCAGCAAACAAAGGAUUAUAGCCAUGGCCAGAAUCCUGGGCCCGAAGCUGGCGAUGGUGGAGCCUGCGAAAUGAAUUUAUGCCUCUGCAGUUUUCCAUCGAUUUUCGUCUUGCGCCACAACGGACUGGGGAUGAAAUACCAAACACAUAAAACGGAUUUGAUAUUAAAAAAAUAUGCAGAAACAAGAAAAAAGGCGCGAGCUGCGCCUGAAGCGAUUCUGGCGCUCCCCGAAGACCACCUCGUCGGACGACUCCACCGGCUAUGAGAGUCCGACGCGAACGAAGGCGGCCAGCGCCGGCGGGGGCAGCGAUGCCCAGAGGUUCAACCACCUGCACUACACCAGCCUCUCCCAGGGAUCGGGCACCUCGUCCUCGGCGGGCGGUGGGGCCACCGGCUCCGGGAUGGGAGCGGCAGUGGCGUCCGGCAGCAGCAAGCCCUCCUGCUCGCUGCCACUGUUGCAGGUGUGGCCCAGCCAGCCGCUCCUGCGCCAGGAGGGCUUCGUACAGUUGCGUCGAAACAGCGGCCCCGAGGGCCAGCGGGAUUCGCCGCGUGGCGAGGCCGAUGGCCAAUCCUUUGUGUUCCCCGCCAUUGUGGAGACGAGUGUCUGUAGUCCGGUGGCCGGAGAGCCGAGUAGCAGCCUGGGGAGUACCAACCUGAGCCUGAACGCCCGGCGGAGCAACAACCACUUGAGUUUGUCGACGGAUCGUCGCAGUUCCUUGUACUGUGAUACCCUGCAUGCCGGCGACUCGGGGAUCGACUCCGUACAAGCCUCACCAUCGCCGAAUGCCUUUAUAGCCCCGCCGGGGGUGCACGGACUGCCCCUGGGCCAGACGGGUGGCGGAUCCUGCCACGUUUCACCCACGAGCACCCCCACCCAGGGCUCGCCGAACUUGUCCCUGGGCCGGCGGGGCAUGCGGAACAGCAUCUGCGUGGUGCCAAGUGGCGCCACCGGAAGGAGAAAGUCCAGUGCUCUGCUGCAUCCGGAUCAUGCCCGGCUGUUUGCUCUGCGGAUGAAGCAUGCGGCCGCCUUGGAGCGGGCUCAGACCUCCCCGGACCAGACUUCCAUCGAGGACGCCAACGAGUUCCACGACAAUGGACUGGCCACCAAUCUGCGCCUGUGCUCGGCCUCGUCGUCGACGACGUCGUCGCUGACAUCCGUGGCCGCGGUCAGCCUAGGCGGUGCCGUUGGUGGCUGCGGUGGUGCGGGAGGUAGCUCCGGUGGAGGGGGCACCGGUGGCGGUUCCUCCUCCGGCUCCGCCUAUGCUGUGGGCGCGGCGGGCGUCCAGCAGCGCGUCUCCGAUCCCUGGCUGCAGCCGCAAUCCGACCGGGAGAGAGACUCCCGCCACGACGGACGGAGGCGAUCCUCCACAAUGACCGCCCGCUACUCCCUGUUCGAUGCAUUGGACCUGGAGUAUGUCCUGCUCCGGGCAGCGGCCAGGGGCUCGGUGGGUCCGUACAGCCUCAGCGAGUCGAUACACAAGCUCACAUUCACCCAGUCCUUGGCUUUCCCGGCUCUGGCCCGGGGUCUGGCCACCAAACGCCGGAGAUCGGCCACGCACACCAGCUCCCGGCCCCUGAACCCACACGAAUCUGGGCUAAAUACCUGCGCCAAGGUGGUCACCGCCGUCGUCCUGGUGGCCCUGUCCUUCAUGGUAUUCCUCAUUGUCUACAAGUUUGUGAGGACGUGAGGAUUGCUCCUGGCCCCGUCGCCAGAGCUACCAGUCACAUAUCAGGCCAACUAUGGAUCGGAGGACGCCUCGACCACAUCUUCCAUCAUAUCCUCGGCGGGCCGCAGUCUGGGCAAGCACAUGUCGGGGUUCAGGAGCAAAUUGGGCCAGCGCCAGGCCGACUUUGAGUGAUCACGAAUGUUACAAAAGGCUAAGGCAUUGAACACACUGGUCUGCAGAUUUCUUUUCAGAAAAAAUAAUGGUGAUUCUGAAAUUAUGUUGUUAUUAUUAUUACUUUAAAUUCAAGAAAUAUUUUAAGAAAACCACAUAAUUUAAAUUACAAACCACUCGGGAUCUAUAUCAGGCCAUAUCAGAAUCCUGAGUAUUUUUCGGAAGUCUUCAGACCAGUGCAAUUUUUGUGAUAAACUAUCAAUGAAAAGUAAAUUUCCAAACUUGAAAUAUGAAAAAUAAAAGCAAACCAAACGUAUGUAAGUAAAUAUAUAUUAAAAAACUUAAGGCUUAAAAAAUUAGAAGAAAAACAAAAUAGCUUCAAAAGGCUUGCCAGAGUUUCAUCAAUUUUAUAUAAAUACUUAUGAAUAAUAAUAUUUUUUUAUAAAUAUAAAUCAAAUCGCUGCUCGCAUUUCCUAGGCUCCUACUUAGCAAAGAUAUUUGGAUAGAACACAGACUCCAGUUUCAUUGUUUAAAGUUGAAGUGCCUAACUAUUUUUUUAACAAAAAAUUACAAGUUAUAGAAAUUUUCAGCUUCUUUAGUUCUCUUCUAAAAUAAAAUUAACGAAUUUAGAAAUUGACAGGCGCUUUGAUGAUGAAACCGAUUAUAUUCUGCAGUAGCCCCAAGGAGUUUUCUAAAAUAAAAAGGAUAUUAAAAUAUUUGGUGAAGGGAUUUAAGAGGAAUUGUAAUGGAAUAUAGUUUAUGAUAUUUUUAUUUAAGAUUUAAAUAAAGAAGCAAUAGCAGAUACAAUUGAUUCUAUAAUACAUUUCAUUUUCAUUUUUCGUCUUUAAAUUUCCAAGUCAAUUAAAUAUAUUUUAAAUAUAUCGGAAAUCCAAACAUCCCAAUUUCUCGAAGGUCCCAAAACACCAUUUUAGAGUUGAAUAAUUGGCAUUAGGUUUAAGGACGAGGCAGAUGGGGUUAAGGAAGCUAAUUAAAUGACAAAUUCGUACUGACAAUGAGUUGAGUAGACGGAAUAAAAAUAUACAGAUAUAUACAGAUAUAUGUGGAAAUCCAGGCAUCUUAAACAUUAGCAUAUUUAUGGUAGCUACAUGUAGUUAUACAAGCAAAUAUAUAUGUAUAUGUAUACAUGCAUUAUAUAUGUACAAAUAUGCAUAUGGAUGUUUAUAAGUGUAUACUUAAGCGGCUUAAAUGUGACAAAGCACUUGCUGAAAUACCAAAACAAACUCUCUACUCUUAACUUGCUGCCUUACUUUCCUCUAGUGAAAAUAGUCGAAACAAUUUAGACAGAAGCCACAGGAGCGACGAACAAAGUCCCUAUCUAAAAUUCUUCAUAAAUUGCUGCCUUACUUUCCUACAUAUACGAACAAAAACCAAAUAUAUAAACCUUUUGAAAUGAAAAACAUCUAAACUCUUCGAGCUUUUUUUUCCUAUUUCCUCUAUGAGCUUAACCUACCCAUUAUGCAAAUGAAAAAAAAAUCUGAAAAAUUCAAAACAUUUUAUAUACUUGUAGAGUAAAGCAUAUGUAUUAAAUAUAAUGUUAAAUAAUUGAUAUUAAUAUAAAAGCUGGCUAAUGAAUAAACAUUUCUGUUGCACAACUUUAAGUUAUUCCCUCCCAUACAUUUUUGCAUCAAUAAUUUGUACAUUCGUCGAUGGAUUUCAUCAGUAUUUAUGCAUAGUUUUACGUACAUAUUUCUCCUUUUUUGUUACGAUUGGUGUGCAGCCAACUAUGGUUAAAUAAAAUAUUAAAAAAAUACAAGAAAAUGCAUAUGAAAUGUCACUGAAAUAAAACCGAGAAGAAAAUGAAAAAGCAACUGUAAAACGUAACUGAAGUAAGUUGAAACGUGCAACAAUACAAAAGGAAAGAAAUUUUCAAAUAAACAUUUGCCAUUUGUGUCUUUCUUUUACGAUCUUGGUACGAACAGUAAGUAAGUUAA